GAGGCGCUCAGCUGGGCUUGGCUCACUCCGCAGCAACGGCUGGUGUGGGCCGCGGCCAUCGAGCUGGACGCGGUGCCUUUGCAGGAGCUGCCGCCGUGGUUCUUCGAGCGCCAAAACAUCACUCGUCGAUGUGCAGGCGUCGACCUACUGAGUUUGGAUGGUCGCCACGCGGUGCGCUGCUUGGAUGGUGCGACGCCCUUUGCAGACAUGCGGCGGUUCCUGCGAGUGGCACGGUGGCUUUACAAGGCUGCCAAUUGCUCACUAAUAACGCCCACGUCAAGGUUGUCGAAACAAUCCAAAGCAUGGCUGGAAUGCUCAAGUGCCCAGCAUCGAGCCAUCACCAAGACAGACUUGCGAAGGCUGGCUUCUGAUAGCAGCAGCACCUCCUUUUCCAAGGAUGCCGUUUUGGGCGAUCCGCCAUUGAGGCGAUGUCAGGAAGAGUGCUUGGAGGCAUGUUCGAAGGGUGCUCGGAUUAUUGAGAUGGCGUGUGGCACAGGGAAGACGCGGGUCAUCAAGGAGAUAAUUGAGAACAUUUCUGGAAGGGUCUUGAUCACCGUGCCCCUGCGUGCUCUGCUUGAUCAGUUUUCUUCGGAUUUUCCUGGCUUCUGCAAAGUGGGCACGGGUCACAACAAGAACAUCAAUUUUGAUGCGAAACAGUUCAUAGCUGUGACUGAUUCUGUUGGCUUACUGCAGGACAUUCACUUUGACGUUGCUUUUGUCGAUGAAGCUCACCACCCCCUGCCGCUGGGAAUGCCCAAGUGCAAGGAAUUAUAUCAGUUCUCUGCCACUCACAAAGAUGAGCCGGACUUUCGCUACACCAUGGGGCGGGCAAUUGAAGAUGGAGUCCUUUCUGACUAUGACAUCACAGUCCCGUCCAUAAGCAAGCACCAUGAGUAUGUUUGCUUAGCGGGCCUGCUUUUGAAGCAAGCUGGGCGUUUUCGACGUGUGCUAGCUUACUGUAAUACUGUGGCCGAAGCAAAGCGUUUUGACAUGGUUUUGCAGGAAAUGGGGCUGGCUGCCUGGCAUAUCAACGGCAAGACUGCUUUUAAAAGCCGGCGUGCUGCCAUCAAGGAAUUUUCGGGACGCUUGCAGAAACCAGUGCAUGUGCUGGUGACAGUGGAGGUCUUGGGAGAAGGGAUCAACAUCCCCAACGCAGACACUUGCAUGUUCGUGGAGCCGCGACGGAGCUACAGGAGCAUUGUGCAAGCCAUCGGGCGUGUCUUGCGGCAUCAUCCCGCCAAGACGAUCGCUCACCUUGUCCUGCCUGCUGUGGCAGUUCCCAACCAGAAGCCGGAUUGCUCACCAGGAGGUCAGGAAACUGUCAAAAAUCCAGCCCCAGUGCAGCAAUUGGAAAUUGUCAAUAUGCCCAACAAGAGUGACACGCAGAUUGACACUGUUUGGGCGGAAGCUGCAGAGUCCAUUAAGAAUGGACAUGGCAACGUAAGACCUGUCCCACUUCCACAGAAGCUGCUGCACCCAAACGGAGGAGCGGUGCCUGUGCACCAUCACAAGCGACAGCGUAAGGGCUGGAAUUCGGAUCUAUGGGCACAAGUGAAUGGAAGUGGGCAAACUUCUGGAGGACAACUUCCAGCUGUUCUCUCCAACCCAGGCAGCAAGAAGGAUCCACAAAGGGUGCAGAUCACCUGGAACGAGAAAGGGUUGAACCAGAUGCGUGUUCAAAGCAGUUGCCUCUCAGCAGGACCGUUGGAUAGCAUUCAUACCGGAGGCAGUACCGGAGGCCGUCGAAACAGCAGUAGGUCAAAGACAGAUCACUCUGAACAUCUUCACCAAGCCGGCGCGUUGCAAGAUGGAGAAGCUUACUUGAACGAUACUAUUUAUAGUUCAUCCUUGCACUCCGACCACGCCUUUUCCCUUCAAAUUGGAGGUGAGAUUGGGCAACACCCUGAUUUGGUGGACACCUAUUCACGGAAAAGGCAACAUCUGUCAUGGAGGACAUUUAGGCGCAGUAACCGUGACACAGAAUUCGGCGCAAAGUAUGACUAUCAGCUAGAGCGGUUCCUGUCAGUGCUCUUGCAAGCAGAUGACCGCUUGGUUGGAACCUCUCCCAUGCACAGGAUCCAAAUUGUCGAUUGCAGCUUGGGGUUAGAAGGGGAGCUUGGGGUGGAGUGGAUGAUGAAGGAUGUCCUUAGCCGAUUGGACGAUAUUUUGCACCAAAAAGAUUGGUGGGAGACUCGCCUCAAACAGGUGGAAGCCUUUGUGGCGCAGCACGGGAAGCUUCCUCGACAGGGGCGGGCAGGUGGCAGUGCUGAUUUAGCCGAAGCAGUGCUGGGCAAUUGGAUUCACAACCAAGGGAGAAACUUCCACUUGAAGCUGCUGCCGCUGCACAAGCUUCAACAAUUGCUGACGGGUUCCUCACCCCUCAUCCGGGCCCGUGCUGAGGGCUGGGUUGCUGGGGGCCGGGCUGGUGUCUUUCUGCGAAGAUGUGCAGAACUGAGACGCUACAUCGAGGCGUUUGGCCACCUCCCACAGAAAAGUCCUACAGACCCCUUCAGGCGAUUGGCGGCAUGGUUGUUUUCAUAUCGCAAUACAGCAGGCUACCUUUUUCCUGCGAGGAAAAAGCUGCUGAUGGAAGUGCAUCCUUUGGUGAAAGCUCUGUUGCAGAAAUGGGAAAACACACCUGUGAAUGUUGUCAAGGCCAGAUUUGACAGGAAGCUCAAAGAGCUGGAGCGGUUUGUGGAGGUGCAGGGGCGCUUACCAAGGUCUGAUGAGUUCUCUUGGCUCGGCAGGCAAGUCCUCUUGCUGUCCCGUGGAGUUUUGCCAUUUGAGCAGGCAGAGCAGCUCCGUUGCUCUCAUCCACUGAUUGCUGCUGCCUGCGAGAGAGAACAGAACAAGGAUUCUCAAUGACCACAGCGAUCACAAUCUCCUUCCAGUCUUUGAGGCUGAAGGAAGUUUAGCAUCGGGCUUGGUGACGAACUGUACAAAUGUUACCGUCAUGCAUAUUGCUUGGCCGCUUGGCCAACGCAGAUAGAAGCAGGCCACGCCUGAC